AUGAACGUGUCAGUACCUUUAAAGCUCUCAAUGUCGGUAAUAUGUCCUUGGCCAGAUAUUUGGCCUUGGUGUGGAACCCCUGACUGUAACCUUAUAUGCGCUUUUUUCGGGACGCGUUCUGCCUACACCUAUGAUGACAAAUAUGAAGGAAUAAUUUUAAAAACAGAAACAAACGAAUCGGCUGAAGAAUCUGAAGAAAAAUUUUGUUAUAGCAGUCAACCCGUAGUUCCUAAUUCAAAGCAACAGCUAAAGCAAGACGAAAUAAUACAGGAUUCUCAAAAAAAUGUAUCUAAUACCAAAGAAUGUCAACUCAAUAAUCAUAAAUCUACUCAAAUUCCCGAGAAAGUAACGCAACCAGAAACUUCCAAAGCAAAUUCUCAAGUUCAUCCAAAAAUAUUGCAAUCAGAUACUUGUACAACAAAUCGCGAAAGAAAUCUCAAGGGAAAUCAUAAAGCCGCACAAGUGUCUCUAAAAGUAUUACAAUCUGAAACUCUUAAAGCAAACUAUGAAAAAGAAGUUAAAGAUAUUCGUAAAUCCGCGCAAAAUCCUUCGAAAAUAUCACAACCUAAAAUUUUUACAUUAAAACACGGAAAUGAUGUCAAGGAAAAUCAUUUCCAAAAAAUACCAAUCGAACACAAUAGUAAAAAAGACGAGGAAACAACAAAAGAUACAAUCAUAAUCAAAAAAGACAAAGAAAAUUUCUAUAUUUUAGACGACACCACCGAAAAUGAUAUCGUAUUACAUGAGCAUGAUUCACACCAUAUGAUCGCACAGAGAACUACAUUCCCUGCCUUGGAUAACAUCUUUGCACGGAAACGCAUUAUGCCUCUUAAAUCAUUUGCCAAUAAAGAAGUACAGGCUGGAACUGGAUUGUUUGAAACGCAUAAUCUUGCUUGUCAAACAAGUUUUUCGAGGCAUGUUUCAAGUGUUAUUAUUAAUCCGGAUUCACAUACUGGAGAUGAAUUUGUACCUGAAGCAAUCAAUGGGAUGCAAACUGAAAGGAAAAUUAUCGCUAAUUCUAAUGUCCAAACAUCAAUUGUUUCAAAUAAAAGUGUCGGGGAAAUUUUAAAUUUGGUAAAUCAGAUUAAGGAAGACUCAAUUGCAAAACCACAAGAAACAUCCAAUACUAUUCCCGAACUUUGCGAAACAAAUGAAGUUGGACUUGAUGAUUAUUUUAAAGAAUCUGUUGCAGAUAUCGAAAGCGAGGAUAGUAGUAUUGAAAACGAUAACGAUGAAAAUCUGAUUGAGAGACAAAACGAAGAAAAUAAUGAAAUCAAAGAAGACGAGUUUUCAAAUCGAGAACCAAUCGUUGAAAAUUCGUCAUACGCAAUUUCGCCGACUGGAAACUUGGAAAAUGAUACUUCUAAAACGCAAAACAGCAACGAAGCUAUCGAAAAUGAUCAAUCAAUGGUUUCAAAACAUCAAGUUAUUGAAGAUAAUGCACAAGAAGAUAUCAAUGUUAAGAGGCUUACCAUGGUUACUUUUGCACCAACUGCGAACUAUACAUCGGAAAAUGAUAAUAUACUUGGUGAUGGUUCUGUACAGUCAAUUGAAGCAGAUCUUUAUCAUGGCGAAAAUAACGAAGAUUCUAUUCAUCUUAUGGAAAAAUGGAUAUCUGUCGCUUUAUGCAAACAAUAUCCUAACCCAAAAGAUUGGGAAUAUAUUGUUGAUUGCGAUUUAAGUGAAAAAGGACUUGAAUCGGUUUAUUCUUUGAGCAAUUUCAUGCCAAAGCUGGAAACAAUAUCACUAAAUAAUAAUAAUUUGGAAUAUCUGCAUGGAUUGCCAUCGGUCCUGACUACCUUAAAAGUUGCGUCUAACAAAUUAACGUGCAUGACAGAUUUCAGGCAUCUACCCAAUUUACAAUAUUUGGACAUUUCAGACAAUUUAAUUGAAGAUCUGAAUGAGAAUUUGGAUCUAUCAGAAAAUGAUAUCGAAGAAAUUAACGGACUUCAUUCAUUGAAAACUCUUAAAAGUUUGGAUUUGGAACAAAACAAUAUACGAUUAUUCAAUCCAUCUCAAAUAAUGAAUGCUCUUGUGUGUCUAAAAAUUGGACGAAAUCAAUUGGUUGAACUGAAUGUGAAACGAAUGCCUAAUCUUCGAGCCCUCGUUUUGGAUCAUAACAAACUGAAAGAAAUCAAGAAUUCAGAGAUGCUCGCAAGAAUAGCCACCUUCUCAGCACGAAAUCAAAAAAGGGAUGAUAAAAUCAAUAUUAACUUUAAGCAUAUACGAGGAGUCGAAAAUCUAUAUCUAACUGGGAAUCCACUUACGAAAUUAGAAACAAUGACCGAAUUCUUUAAGCUUGACCUCAUCGAACUCUCCAAAGUUGGACUAAAAGAACUACCAGAAAAGUUUUAUGAAAUGUGUCCAGGGGUUUCCUACAUAAAUCUGAAUUAUAACUACCUCACAAAUAUUCGUCCUCUUCGAAGACUAGCACACUUAAAGCAAUUGACGGUAAUUUGCAAUGAAUUAAGCAAUUAUGAAAUGGUUCUCGAAGUCACCAAACGAUUGUCAACGUUGAAGUAUUGUGAUCUAAGAUGCAAUCCAUUCACCAUGAAAUUCUAUCCAUCACUCGAAUCACUGCUCAUCGCAUACGAAUCAAGAAGACAUAUAUGGGAUAUCACAGAAACUAAAAAAUAUCAAAAGGAAUGGGAUAUUCGCGACAAAGAGUUCCGAGAAAACAUACCAGACGAUAUAUUUGUAAAGAGAAAUAUUUAUCGAUUUUCUAUAAUUCGCCGGUGUCCACAUAUGAUACGAUUGGAUGGUUCGAACGUUGAAGAGAGUGAAAGGAUCGAAGGUGAAAAAUGGUAUCGAAGAUUGCCUGUUGAACUUCCUAUCAUAUAUUAA